CAGGGCCAGCACCUGCGCCACGACCUGGACGAGGCACGGGAACGGCCUGAAGCCCUCCCAGAGCGGCUACAGGCUGCAGAGACCCCAGUCGCACGAGGACAAGAUCACACGCGAUGUUCAGCAGCUUCUGAACAAGGUGUCCCACAAGAAUUUAACCCGCGUAGUCGAGCGCUUCAAUGACAUUGUCAUCCACGGCUCGGAGGAUCUCCAGCUCGUGGUGUCGCUGAUUAUUCGGAAGGUUCUUGAUGAGCCGCAUUAUUGCGAGACCUACGCUCGCCUUGUUGACUCUUUGAGGUCGCGGUAUCCCGAGUUCCCCCCGGAGGGCACCGGCACCAAGCCGCUCACGUUCCGCCGGGUUCUGAUCAAUGCCGUGCAGAUGGAGUUUGAGGAGAUCCUGAACGAAGACGAGGUGGCGCUGGAUGCGGGCGAGCGGCGCCGGAAGGCGUUCGCAAACGCCAAGUUCAUCGGCUACCUUUUCCUCCGGAACCUGCUGGCAGAGAGCGUCAUCCACGGCGUGCUUUCCGACCUGCUGGACCCGGGCAGGCACCCCCUGGAGGAGUGCGCCCUGCGACUGCGCCCGGGCGUGGGCCAGGAGCCCCUGGUGGAGUGCGCCCUGCAGCUGCUGCAGGUCGUCGGCUGCAAGCUGGAGGGCACCGCGUCCGGGAGGCCGCUGAUAGCGCAGCUCUCGGAUCGCCUGGACGACCUGGCCGGCCGCGAGAGCCCGCUAUCCAACAGGGUGCGGUUCAAGAUUAAGGACGUCCUCGACCUCCAGCGCCGCGGCUGGCAGGAGAAGGUUGUCCGGGAUCAGGCCAAACCCCUGCAGGAGGUCCGGAAGGAUGCGGCCCUGGAGGCC